CGCCCGGAUGCUGCAGCUGCCCCCGAGACGCAACAGACGCCAACGCCGCCUGUAGCGCUCCGUAGCAGGCAGAAACACAUCGGCCCCAUUGACACUCCCUAUAGGCGCGUUAGGUGCGGCUUACUUGAAGAGUUCGCUUUGCUCUUCGGGAAGUGAGUAGAUCUUAUAACCUGGAUGACGACGACGCGUGCGCAUUUUCUUGGACCUGUCACGAAGUUUUAGUGUAGGGGCGGAACAGUGGCGCAAGUUUCUUUCACGAAGAGGAGUGACAGCACCGCAUAGAGUGAACCAUGCUGCACGUAUUUAUUACGCUGCUUGUGCUCUUGGCGUCGUUUCUGUUUUGGUGGGUUCGAAGGAAGUACACCUUUUGGAACGGAAAAGGCGUUCCACACCAUACCUUCUGGCAAUACCUGCGAUUUUGCGUGGAUGUCUACACAAAGCCCCUGAGCAGUGUGGUAAUUAGAAACUACCAGCGAUAUGGACGGAUGUAUGGUUCAUAUCAAGGCGCCACGCCAACACUUGUGGUGUCCGAUCCAGAUAUUCUACGCGAGAUCAUGGUGUCCAAGUUCAAGAACUUUUCGGACAGAACGGAAGCGCAGCGCGUCAGCAGCGAAGUAUGGCGCAAGUCCAUCAUGAACAUGUCCGGAGACGAGUGGAAGAAAGCCCGAAACGUCUUCACACCGGCACUGACCUCUACGAGGCUCAAGACGAUUGCAAUGAAGAUCAAAGCCGUCGCUGAAAGAACGGCGUCUCGAGUUGCAGAGGCGGCUGCACAAGACAAGCCUGUCAACAUAUCCAAGCUUAUCGAACAUGCAUCGCUGGACACCACGGCUGCACUAAACUACAGCGUCGAUAUCGACAGCGAAAACGACAAGGACCACCCGUUGUUGAAGUGUGUGGGAUCCUUAUUCAGCUACAUGGCCGGCUGGAAAUUAAUAAUGAUGUUCCUGAUGCCUGGCCUGUACAAGAAACUACAGCCAGACUACCCUCCGAAGUCGAGCACUGAUCUGUUUAAAGUAUUCGUCUCACACCUCAUGGAAGAGAGGAAGGCUAACAAUAGGAAAGAAGAUGACUUCCUUCAGGUGUUUAUGGACGCCGACUUUGACUGGGAGGCCAGCAGUGAUGAAAAGAAGGACGAAAAAGAAAAGAAACAGAUGACGCUGGACGAGAUAACAGCCCAGGGCCUAGUGUUUUUCCUCGCUGGUGUGGAGAGCGUAUCGACGACUCUCAUCUUCACUGCCUACUACCUGGCUCUUCACCCGGAAUACCAGAAAAGUGUCAUCGCCGAAGUCGACAAGACUGCUGGUCCUAAGGGUGAGUUCACCUACGCGUCCCUACAAGAGAUGCCCUGCCUCGAAGCAUGCAUCAAGGAGGCGCUGCGUCUCGCUGCAUCCGAAUCAUUAAUCUUGCGUCAGUGCACGGAGGAAACCACGGUAGCUGGCAUCAACUUCAAGCCGGGCAUGUGCGUGUACGUUCCUGCGGCCGCCAUUCAUCACGACCCUGAAUAUUUUCCUGAACCGGACAAGUUCAACCCAGAGAGAUUCCUGCCGGAGAACAAGGACAGUGUGAAGCCGUUCACAUUCAUGCCUUUCGGCAAUGGACCACGCAACUGCGUGGGAAUGCGACUCGGCAUGCUGCAAGCUAAAACCACUCUCGCCUGCCUGCUUCGGCGCGUCAAACUCGAAGCCUGCACAGAAACUAUGAAACCCCUCAAGUUCAAACCACGGCAGCUCCUUCAAGUCACCGACGGGCCGAUUAUUCUCCGGGCUGUUCCACGCGACACGCCGACAAGCUGAUUUGCGCGCCAGUGUCGAAGUCCUUUACGGGAGUAAGAGACAGCAACCACACUCUAAGACAAAAUCGAGUAUUUGGGGAGUAUUUCUGCCACACAACAAUAAUCAUCAUCUGGCUUGCUCGCGUUUCCUGUCUUGAAAACCCAGCUCUCGUCACUUUCCUGUCAAGAAUGCCAUGUCACGCUCAUAACGCGCGCACCGUUCGUGACCGGGAAGUGCCGUGACCGCGGUGAUAACGCGAGGAAAGUAGGCGAGGUGGAUGACGAUUGUUGUUGUGUGGCUGAAACACUCCCAAAAUACUCGAUUCUGUCUUAGAGUGCAUGUGCACUGAAUGAAAAAGUGGGAGCGGCUCUGUUUGUUAGAGUUCUGGCGUUGGGCCCACUAAGUCUGCUGGGGCUCGAGCGUGUUGAAGGUAAUCUAUCGUAGGAACUCUUAAUGAACUCUCGAAGAACUCGUACAGGAACUCUCAAGGUAGAGUUGAAUACCGAGUCACUUCUGCGAAUGGAGUUGCUGCUACUCCCUUUGUUAUUAUAGUGUUUGUGGUGGUUGCGAGAGAAGCAUUUUUGUGGCGCUUGGCAUUGUUUCGUACAGUGAACACGCCCUGCACUGUCGAGAAAAGCGUGUCAAUGUCUACAAGGAUGCAUUGAUAAUAUCGGCAACGCCAAACAUAGCUAAGAACCUCUCCACAAGGAAACCAAGCUAACGAAACGCAGAAUGAAGCUAGGAGUGUAAAUUAGGCAUUUGCAGUGUUCCAUCGACCAAACUGCACUGAUCACGAAAAGCCUAAAAAAUGCUGUCUCGAAACGCGCGGCGUAGGUUGUAUAUAAAUCCUCACGUGUUCCGCAUGUGCCCAUGUUAGAGAUGUCUAAGUUUUUACGAAAACAUCACGUGCCCCGAAUCACCUGGAAACGGCAAUAAUACCGGUGGCGGGAUACGUGCACAAACAGAUGGUUCCGCGAAACGUGUAUGCACACACGCCAUUCGUGACGUCAUUGCAGCAUCGAUGUCAGCCAGGUGCUAAGAGUCUUACAAUAAGGCUUAAAAUAGUUAUUCACACAUUGGUGAACAUUAGAGGUGUCCCUGAUAUUCCUAAAUGCUUAGCAGGGCCGCAGCAGCAAUAACCAGGCGGUAUUUAUACGUUCUAUUCUUGUUAUUACAGGAGCGUCGUUUCGUCUGAGGUGGCCACUUAGAAUAUGAGACGAAAACUAGCGUCAGUGUCCUGUUGUUUCUUUCCUUAAGGCAAAAAAGGUAAAGUAUGAAGUGAAAAUCGUAGCUCCAAAAGGAAAAAAAUGGCGGCUGAAUAUUUAAAAAUUUGACUGCCCCCUUGCAAUAUGUUAUCACUGACAAAAAAAGUCACAGUUUCGCCGCAAGGGCGAAGCAAUGAAUGCGAUAGUAAGAAAAGCGACCCGUGAUGGACGCGCUGCUACGCUGCACAAACAUCUGCCCCCCGGCAGCAACUAUACUCGCGGACAACUUUUCUUGCCAAUUAAGCGAAUGCUACAGAGCCACAAUGCACGUAUCCUACCGCUAAUGAAUGUAGUCCUACAAUUGCGUCCGUACUUACUGCGUGAGAUAUAUAAAAUGCUACUUCAUUUUCUACAUGUAGCUUUUUGAGACGGAACGCAGCGCUCACAUUCGAGAUAUAUGUAUUUCUUUAACUUUAUACGUUGUCACUUUGCGUUUUUGCGUGCGUGAAAAAGUCGCGCCUUGUACCCGUGCCUUAGACGCUAAGCAGCGUUUUCGUCGAAAUGCAACGCUAGCCAUCACACCCACGGCGUUACGAGACGCACGCCAAACCGGACUACUUUGCGUAGCAGUACAUAUGCAGACGCUCCGCCCGUAGCUUUCCCUUCGUUGCCAAGAAAAGUUGUCCGCUAGUAUACCGCGCCAGCAGACAGCGGAAGGGCAAGGUUCUCCCUGCGCAACGGAGGCACCGAGGCGCAGACAUGAAGGCUCCCUGCGCCCGUUGCGCUCCUCGCGCCAUCUCGCUGGUAAUGAAGAAGCGCUUAUCAGCGCCUGCCGUCUCUGAGUCCUGCCAGCGGUAAAGGGUGUGUAUAUAACGCUCGCCGUUAGCUACCUGAAGGAUCUGCUUUUCGUGGCGUAAAGCUAGCGCAACGCGCUGCGGAGCGAGAGGUUGCUGGUUUGAUUCCGCGCUUCGGAAGCAUUUCUCUGAAUUAUUUUUCUUUGGGACUUUUAUAAUAUAUACAUACUUAUACAUAUACGGUGCAUGACGGCGGCGACGGGGACGGCAAAAACCAGCCGAGAUUGUCCAUAUAGUUGCUAUCGCAAUAAAAUAAUAAUAAAAAAAUGCAUCGUGCUGAUAUUAUUUGAGAAGGUCGCCGACGUUGCAUAUGUAAGAAAAAUACUCGUUCUAUUGUCUUCUCUAUUCGAGAGGAAACCUGUGCUCAUCAAGUAGAGAAUUAUGUUGUUUUAAAGGGAAGUUCACGAAGCUUUGAAGAAACGAAUCUCUACACAACUAUAUGGGCUUUACGGAGAAAUACAUGGCCCUGCAUGGAGAAUCGAUUGAACCUUUUCCAUUCUUUUUUAUUUUGUGCACUCUCUUGUAUUUGUGCUACCUGCGUGUUCUUAAUUUUGUUUGUUUUGUUAAUGCUAUUGUCUGUCUGUUUUGUUCACCACUGGUGCAUAAUAUUCUUUCUAAUUCACUUAAUCGAGUAUUUGUGACCUGACAUUUUGUUCUUUCGUCGCGCGAUUCUUUACUCCCCUUGAUUCUGUCUCCAAAAUUUAUAUCUGUUCCUACGCUAACAAUAGACAAAAUUCGUGCCCCUCUCAGUGGCAGUCCGCCUUUAAGCCUAUUACGCCCGUUUAGGUGCGAAGCAUCUUAUGCGCUCGAGCUGUCGGCGUCUCCUGUCGUCGUAACCCGUCACGGUGUCGCCCGUCACGGCAAAGCAAGUGGCAAAUAAAACGGCGCGAUCGCUCAGGAAAAGCUCGCGGGUAUAACGCAGGAUAAAUCUCAGUCUUUAACAUGACACCAAUAACCGUGGGCAGCAUUCUGCGACGAAGAACGCUACGAUGAAAAAAAAAGAAAUGGACAAGGAAGAACGCUCAAUAAUUGACUUUCACGUUUUUAUCCUUAUGAGCACAAGACAGAACUGGCAGUUAUACUUUUCAUAAAUAUAACGUUGACCACUGACAACAUUGGUUCCAAUGAAAUAUCUAAAUAUGCCUCAUAUGCAUUGCAGAAUGUAGAAAGCGCUGGUUAUCUUUCGUAACAACGAAUAAAUUUAAUGUUUAAAUAUUAAAUGUGCUUCCAACGUAUGUAACAAGCGCAGUGAUGUUUUAGGAGGGACGUUUAUGGUCCCACCUUCAACCUUUUUAUACUAUGCCACUUACUACGUGUGCAUGUAUGCCUAUUUUCACUAUAAAUUACUGACCAAAAGAUUCUUAUCAGAAUUUAUGGCGCGUUACAUUAUGCCUUCGUGCGUCCGAUAUCUGAUAAUCGGUGAUUAGCAUGUACCAAUUCAUGCGCUCGUAUUCUCGGAUGACUCACUAUAUUUCUUGUACAAGAAUGUUGGCUUGUGUUUGUUUACUUUGCCGGGAAAAUAUUUGAUUUAUAAAGUUUCUAGUGUUCUUGGUUUGCAUAUGUCAUAAGAAGAUGUUUCGUACAAUAAAUUCAUGCUUUCAAGAAA